UUUAAUAAUUUACUUAAAAUGGAAGACCCAAGCGACACAAAUUCCCAACACGAAUUCUCACCAAUCAAACAAGAAGCCCAGUUUACUUGGAACAAUGACGAGUCUUUACAAAGCAGUGGCAGUGAGGAAGCAGGAAGCCAGAACCCCGAAGACAUCAGCAAACUUCGAGCUCAGAACAGUUCUCUAGUCAAAGGAUCACCAAAUGGUCGCAACUCGAAGCUGUUUGAUUAUGGAGGACUCCAAAAUGCUCAACAAGAUCUUGACCCGUUCGGACAAGGCAAAGAUGUAAUUGCUAUGGAUUCGGAGCCCCAAGGAGACCGCACUCAAGAACUGACACAACUCGAAGAACUCGAUUUCUCAAACCAGCUCGACAACAAAGACUUCUUCAGACCGAAGCUCAAGGAAGUUUCGGCUCUGAGAACAAUCUGAGACUUUGUGAAGGCAAGCACUUCAUCUGAUAGUAUCGAGAUCAGCAAGAAGAACCACUCUUACUCAGUCGACAAACCCACUUUGUGGGGGAUCAACAGCAAGAUAUCAGACCACGAGUGUGAUGUGUUCUUGAAACAAAAUUUUAAACACAUUCCAUGGGUGUCUCCGAGCAUUGUCGGAGUGUCAAGUCCCAAACUCCAGUUGCAUAACGAAAUUGUGGAGUUCUACAAAGUGUUCGGACCAAACCCGAAGGAGAUGCACAACAGAGCCGAGUGUUUCAAGGCAGUGAAAUAAAGCCAUCAAAAGAUAUAUCAAGUCAAGGCCAGAAAUUAACUCCAAAGAUAUCAAAGUGAGAGUCUUCGGGUCUUCAUGCACAAACCUGUAUGUAAACUCAACAGUCAAACGGUACUACAAGUUGAUUCCGAGCGAUAUCGAUAUUGUUGUGAGCGGAAGCAUCCAGCUCAUGGACAUCCACAAUGCGCUUGAAGCAUGACCAGAACGAUUCGGAGACUGUCACCCGCUCAAAGCCAAAGUCUCAUUGAUCAAAGGCUACGACCACCACACCAACAUUGACUUUGACAUUUGUAUCAAUGAAAGCGACGGAGUCAAAGGCUCCAAACUUGUGAACCAGUUCAAGAAAGAGUUCCCCGAACUCAAGUACCUUGCAGUGAUCCUCAAAAUUUUGUUGAGCAUCCACGACUUAAACAAAACAUUUGAUGGUGGAAUCAGUUCAUUCGGCUUGAUCUUGCUCAUUGUGAGUUACUUACAACAACACAAAAACAGAAAGGCGCAACAAGAAGAUGCUUCUCCGACUCUGCUAUCUGAGCACCUUCUGAACCUGCUGAAGCUGUACGGUGUUGAUUUCAACUACAAGAAACUCGGAAUUUCAGUCAGAAAAGCUGGCUUUUACUACAACAGAAAUGACAAAGGCUUCGACAAUGGCUCCCAUGCAAGAUCAGCAUUGUCUCUGGAAAACCCUAUUAACACCGACUUGAACAUUGCAGUUGCAGCCCACAGGUUUCCUGAGAUCAUGAAGCUGUUUCGGGAGUGCCACUCCAAAAUAACAUUGCAAGAGCACCCAGUUGGACUCAGCAUCUUGGGUCUGAUCCUGCAGGCAUCGUAGGAUUGGAGACAUGCAGACUGGGUCUUCUUGCAUUGUAUCAAUAAUUUCAGACUCAACACUUGGAAACAGAGAGCUAGAUAAUUAAGCUGAAACUUAUUUCAACAA